GGCCAGAAAGAAGAAGGAACUAGAAACGAGAACACAACAAAGAAGGUGAAGAACUAGAGAGAGAGAGAGAGAGAAAGGUGAGCAUUAAUGGCGGCAGGGAAGCAAGUGAUGGUGAUCGGAGCGGACGACAGCGAGGAGGGCCAUUACGCUCUGGAAUGGACUUUGGAUCACCUCUUCAAGCCUUUGGGCGGCGACACAGCUCCGUUCAAGCUCAUCAUCGUCCACGCCAAGCCAUCGGUUUCCUCCGUCGUUGGCUUCGUCGGCCCCGGGGCGGAGGUUCUGCCGAUCGUGGACGCUGAUUUGAAGAAGAUGGCUGCCCGUGUAACUGAGAGGGCCAAGGAAUUUUGCGCUUCUAAAUCGGUGACCGAUGUGGUCGUGGAGGUUAUGGAAGGAGAUGCUAGGAACGUUCUGUGUGAGGCUGUUGAAAGACACCACGCAUCCAUCUUGGUUGUGGGAAGUCAUGGCUAUGGAGCCAUCAAAAGGGCGCUUCUGGGAAGCGUAAGCGACUACUGCGCUCAUCACGUUCACUGCACCGUGAUGAUUGUGAAGAAGCCAAAAACCAAGCACUGAGUGGCCUCUGGGUUCAGUUAAGCACGACGAACGCAUAUUCGUGUUUGAAAAAUUACGAUAUUUAGAUAAUAAAUUUGUCCCCUCGAGAGUUGAAUCUGGAAAGGUUAUAUGUAUAUAUACUUUGUACUUAUGGUUCGAUCGUUCAAAAUGCAGCGUAUGGCAUGUAUUUUAUAGGUUGAAGGAUGAAGCUUUCAAACUUCUGUAUGACGAGUUGAAUCUUGACAAGAUGAAGCUUUCAUGGCAACACAACAAUUGAGAAAAAUGGAGCCAAUAGCCAUCAGUUGGAAAUUAAAAGAUUAGGCAAGUCAGACUACAAGUAAAGUUUGGUCUUCGGACUACAAACGCAGCAGUCAACUCUCUUAUUAGUGCAAAACAUAUAGAAAGAAUCAAGAUUCCGAGACUUAGUCAUCAACUACCGAAUUAGAAUACUUCUUUCCUGCUCACAGCGAUUACAAAUGACUAAGGGCUGGUUUGGUAUUGCUGUGUUUUAAAAAAAAAAAACUGCUUCUACUGUGAUGUGGGAAUAAGCAGUUGUGAAAUAAAGUAACGGAGUGUUUAGUAAACUUUUUUGUAAAAGUGCUUUUGGAAAAAAAAACAGUAUUAUAGUGUUUGAUAAA